AUGUCGACCGUAUCUUCCCUUCUCACGCCAGGCGAACAUGAAGUCAAACUCAACGACCUCUCCAUCCACUACACCGUUCAAGGCUCCGGGCCAGUGCUUUUAUUCGUCACCCCGGGCUGGGGCAUCAACCGUAGCAUCUAUGCAACCACACACCAGCCUCUCGAAGAGCACUUCACCGUCAUCUACCUCUCGCCGCGAGGCUGCGACGGCUCCGAGCGCCCCGCCUCCGCCUCCCUUAUGCUCUCCCGGUAUACUGCGUGCGACAUUGACGAGUUCCGUAAACAGCUCGGCAUAGAUCAGUUGAGUGUGAUUGGCCACUCCGAUGGCGGCGUCCUCGCCCUCGCUUAUGCCAUGUACUACCCUUUGAAUGUUCGGCGGCUCGUUCCCAUCUGCACGAAUCUGCUCGGCUACCAACGCAAGGACACGUCGUUUUUCACCAAGUUCGAGGCCAUGUUCGAGGCUGCGAGCCCUCAGGACGACGACGCGUUCAGGGAGUUCAUGCUCACCGCGUUUCACUUGUAUUUUUACAAGCCGGAGCCAUAUGUGCCCAAGCUAAAGGACGUGUGGACGGGGAAGCCGAGUCUCUGGGCGCAGAGGGCGCGGUAUGAGAGUGAAGCGGAGGACGGCUGGAUCAUGGAGAAGGAUCUGGGCAAGAUUAAAGCCAAGACGUUGGUGAUUACGGGGAGGCAGGAUACAUGUUGUGGGCCGGAGGUCAGUGAGACUGUUGCGAGAGGAGUGAAGGGCAGUACGCUUCUCUUGUUCGACGAGUGUGGGCACUUGCCAUGGUUGGAAGCGAGAGAGGAGUACUUUGAUGUGUUGGUCAAGUUUUUGAAGGAGUAA